CGCGGCGGCGCCGCCUCCUCCUCCUCCUCCUCCUCGUCCUCCUCGUCCUCCUGGAAAGCGCGGGUUUUCGCGGCCGCGGCGGCGAGCCAUGGAGAUCGAGAACCUCACGGCCAACACGCUGCUGCUGAAGGCGCGCCUAGGAGGAUAUGGCAAAAAAAGCGGUCGCAGUAAAAAGUGGAAGGAGCUACUGAAGCUGCCCGCUGUGAGCCAGUGCAGCGAGCUCAGACAGUCCAUUGAAAGGGAUUAUUGUAGUCUUUGUGACAAACAACCAAUAGGAAGACUUCUCUUCAGGCAAUUUUGUGACACAAAACCUGAUCUAAAGAGGCGCAUUGAAUUCUUGGACGCAGUGGCAGAAUAUGAAGUUGCCAUAGAUGAGGACCAAGAACAUUGUGGACUGUGCAUUCUAGAGGGAUUCUUCGGCAAUGAGAAAUUGGCAGUCUGUUUACCAGAAAUACCUCCAGGUGUUGUGAAAGAAUGUAAACUGAGGCUGAAGCAGGACCCUUCCAAAAAAGCCUUUGAGGAAUGCACUGGAAUUGUCCAUAGCUAUUUAAGCAAAAAACCAUUUGAAGAAUACCAAGAAAGCUCAUAUUUUUCUCGUUUUUUACAAUGGAAAUGGCUGGAAAGGCAACCAGUAACAAAGAACACAUUUAGACAUUACAGAGUUCUGGGAAAAGGCGGAUUUGGAGAGGUUUGUGCCUGUCAAGUGCGAGCCACAGGAAAAAUGUACGCCUGUAAAAAGCUAGAAAAAAAAAGAAUAAAGAAGAGGAAAGGUGAAGCCAUGGCUUUGAACGAGAAAAAACUGCUAGAAAAAGUGAACAGCAGAUUUGUAGUUAGUUUAGCCUACACUUACGAAACCAGAGACACCUUGUGUUUGGUGCUGACCAUCAUGAAUGGAGGGGACUUGAAGUUUCACAUUUACAACCUGGGCAAUCCUGGCUUUGAUGAGCAGCGAGCUGUCUUCUACGCUGCCGAGCUGUGCUGCGGUCUGGAGGAUUUGCAGAGGGAACGGAUUGCAUACAGAGAUUUAAAGCCUGAGAAUAUUCUCCUCGACGACCAUGGACAUAUCCGGAUUUCGGAUCUUGGCUUGGCCCUGGAGGUCCCAGAAGGGGAGACAGUUCGAGGAAGGGUCGGAACAGUCGGCUACAUGGCUCCUGAAGUUAUCGAUAAUGAAAACUACACCUUUAGCCCUGAUUGGUGGGGGCUCGGCUGUCUGAUUUAUGAGAUGAUCCAGGGACAUUCUCCGUUCAGGAAAUUUAAAGAGAAAGUGAAGCGGGAGGAGAUCGAGCGCAGAGUGAAGAUGGACACUGAGGUUUAUUCCGCCAAGUUCUCCGAGGAUGCCAGGUCCAUCUGCAGGAUGUUGCUCACCAAGAACCCCAAGGACCGGCUGGGCUGCAGGGGUGAAGGAGCUGCGGGGGUGAAGCGGCACCCCGUGUUUCAGGACAUCAACUUCAGCAGGCUGGAGGUGCACCUGUUAGCUGCCCCCUUCUGCCCUGAUCCUCAUUCGGUGUACUGUAAGGACGUCGUGGAUAUCGGGCAGUUCUCUGUCAUCAAAGGAGUCUACCUGGACACCACAGACAGCAGCUUCUACGCUCAGUUUGUUACGGGCUGUGUCCCCAUCCCCUGGCAGAAUGAGAUGAUUGAGUCUGGGUGUUUCAAGGACAUCAAUGAAAGUGAAAGUGAGGAAAACCUGGUGGUGGAGGAGAAACGACGCACUUCAGUCCACAAGCCGAAGAGAAGCUUCUUCUACAGACUCUUCCGAAGAGGGGGCUGCCUGAGCGCCGAGAAGGAAGGGGAGCCGCGCCGCUGAGCGCGCGCUGUGCAGGCUGCAGAGCCGACGCAACACGGAGGAGCAGGUGCUGUGUGCUGCCUUGCCCAGGAGCUGAAUAAACGUGUGUGACACAGCCGAAA